AUGCCGGGUGGGCUCGCCCUCCCCACACUCUGCCGCUUUCUUCUCUCUUGGGCUUUCGCCAUCUUCCACAGCGCCCAGGGAGACCCAGCAUCCCACCCGGGCCCCCACUACCUCCUGCCCCCCAUCCACGAGGUCAUUCACUCUCGUCGUGGGGCUACGGCCACGCUGCCCUGCGUCCUGGGCACCUCGCCUCCCAGCUACAAGGUGCGCUGGAGCAAAGUGGAGCCGGGGGAGCUCCGGGAAACGCUAAUACUCAUCACCAACGGACUGCACGCACGGGGGUAUGGGCCCCUGGGGGGGCGCGCCAGGAUGCGUAGGGGGCAUCGGCUAGACGCCUCCCUGGUCAUCGCCGACGUGCGCCUGGAAGAUGAAGGCCGGUACCGCUGCGAGCUCAUCAACGGCAUCGAGGACGAGAGCGUGGCGCUGAUCCUGAGCCUGGAGGGUGUGGUGUUUCCGUACCAGCCCGACCGGGGCCGGUACCAGUUCAAUUACUACGAGGCGAAGCGGGCGUGCGAGGAGCAGGACGGACGCCUGGCCACCUACGCCCAGCUGUACCAGGCGUGGACCGAGGGGCUGGACUGGUGUAACGCGGGCUGGCUGCUCGAGGGUUCUGUGCGCUACCCGGUGCUCACGGCCCGCGCUCCGUGCGGCGGCCCGGGACGGCCGGGAAUCCGCAGCUACGGGCCCCGCGACCGGAAGCGCGACCGCUACGACGCCUUCUGUUUCACCUCGGCGCUGGCGGGGCAAGUGUUUUUCGUGCCCGGGAGGCUGACCCUGUCCGAGGCCCACGCGGCGUGCCGGCGGCGCGGGGCUGUGGUGGCCAAGGUCGGGCACCUCUACGCCGCCUGGAAGUUCUCGGGGAUGGACCAGUGCGACGGCGGAUGGCUGGCGGAUGGCAGCGUGCGCUUCCCCAUCACCACGCCGCGGCCGCGCUGUGGGGGCCUCCCUGACCCCGGGGUGCGCAGCUUCGGCUUUCCCAGGCCCCAGCUGGCGGCCUACGGGACCUACUGCUACGCAGAGUAG